AUGCCUUCCUCAGGUACACCGAUUGAGGACCCCGAACCAGCUCCUCCUUCUACUCCACCCCAAAAUACUACUCGGGCGCUCUUGCAGUCCCUCGAAGAGCUGCGUGACUCACUCUCUGUCCGUGUCGCUCAACUGGCCAGUGCGGUCGAGCGACUCCGUAUACAGGCGGGACAGCUGGAACAGGGUCUAGGCGUUGUUCCUCCGCCAGGAAGGACGAGGUUCAGCGGUUCUUUACUAUCGCCUCAGCAACCUGCCAACUUGCUACACCCUGCACAGGACAUGCCCCUCCAAUUCUCCCAAAACGACACACCUCUCAUCUCUACCUCUGCUAUAGCUACCGAAGUCGCCCAGCUCGAUCGACCCAUCACAUCCGCCGAAAUCCACCGUCUGCUUGAUCGCGCGUCACAAUCGCUCUCGGAAACGCCUGAUCUUCGCGCUGCCGAGAUGGAGGGAACGCUCGAUGGACUGCGGGAAGUGCGCAACAGCCUUCAAGGCGGCAUCAGGGAGUUGACGGAGGUGGGGGAAACGCAAAGUAGACUGAGGCAGCGGAUGCGGGCGAGAUGGGACGGAACGAACCGGCCGAUCGGCGAGGGCGGUGUAGGGGAUUACAUCGGCGGCUCAGGGCCAAUAGAUUCCAAAGAGCGUGAAUCAGUCAGGCGGAUAGCAGAGAUCAAGAAGGAGAGCGAGGACAGGAGGAAGAGUCCUACCGCGAAGGCGAGGCGGGCUCGGAUGGAGCAGAUGGAGUGGGAGCCGUGCCCAUAUGUGGCAUCCGGCACCAGCUCUGGUCUACCUCCUACCAACACAAAAGACGCUGGUCGACCUCCUACUAUCGUACGCACAUCCGGAGUCACUCCGCCGCCCGCUCGUCCGGCCGUCCCUCGUCAAUCAAACAACGCACCGUCAAGCUCCACCACCGCCGCCGCUGCUGCCCUCGCCCACACUCGUCUCGCCGGAACGCGCAGCGCCGUAUCUCACCUUGACGCUGCGUCACUCGAUGCCAUCCACGCAGAGAUCGCGCAGCUCGACCUCAACCUCGAACCGGACGAGUACAUGGACGGGCUCUCCCGGAUCAUCCGUCGAGCCUUGCUACCUCCGGGCGUGGCCGAGGACUCAGAAGCAGCUGAAGCUCUGCUCAGCACUCUUCCCGGCUGGGGUCCACCCUCCCCUCUUUCCUCUUCCUCAUCUUCCUCCUCCACAGCCAUCGGCGACGCUCGGGAUGCCGGUCUCACCUAUCGAGGCCGGGACGUACGGGACCGUCUCCGGGAAUCGACCUAUACUCUUCCUUCGGGUCGGCUACCGGCCGAUAUGCCCUCGCUCCAACAAGCGCGCGACGGACUUUGGGCGAUCAUGAAUCCUACCGACCACGCAGGGACCGCAGGCACAACAAACAACCACGUUCCACCCGACGAGGAGAUCGUAGAGGCGGCACUCGUUGCCCAGGUAGCCGCCGCCCAGGACGCGACGUCCGCACUGGAAUAUGCGGACCAGCUCGCCCGUCUUCGCGCAGAUCGCCGGGAGCGUGUCCUGCGCGCCCGCGAGAUCGUCAUCGAGUUGGCUCGGCCCCGACAGCAGAACACGGCCAGAUCGGCCCGUGAGCUCGUCGACGCCGCCACGGUCAUCAGAGAGGACCGGACGGCCGGUCGAGAGGCGCGAGCAUCGGAACGUCACGCCGCUUACGAAGUGACGGUGCGGGCAGAACUACGGGCAGCGCAGGCUCACCGAAUCCGUGCCUUUAAUCGAUACCAAGAGCUUGUGGCGUCUAGGGCUAGGCGCGAGACGCGGGGACCAGCGCAGCCUGCGGUUCCAAUGCCUCGCCCGCCAACCGGACGGGACAUCGGUACAGACGCCAUCAUUACCGUCAUACCUGUCCUCUCGCCCACGGAGCGGGAGGAUGCCGAGAUGGACGAAGACAUGGCGCGCCAGUCCUUCAUUGCGGCCCAGAUGCGCGAGGCGGCGGUCCAGCAGAGGCUGCUCUCGGCUCAGAAUCGGCUCCGCGUAAUGACGUCAGUCGAGACGUCGGCGGCGGAGAGGCUCUUGCAGGAUCAGAUGGGGUCGAUGGCGAUCGCUUCUGAUCAGCGGGAACAGCCAAACAGAGCCGAUGCGGUAUCAGGCAGAGCAAGGCCGGCGGGGUCGAGGGGAAACGAGAUGGUUCGAGAGCUGGCGCAGCGUGCGGCAGGGGUGGACGAUGGUGUGUUGCCUGGUGGAGUAGGGUGGGCUUCUGCGACUCGGUCUGCAAGGCGGACGGUGAGACCCCGAGGCGAGGAACCAGAAGAUGUCGAUACAUUGGUGCGGAUGCGGCAUCUACAGGAGACCCGCCCUGGGACGCCAGAGCGUAUCGAGGCGAGGCGCCGAAACCUCGCUGCAAUCCGUCAAGACCUCGUUGCCAGGCGCAGGACGCACGAGGCCCAACGGCUCGCCGCUGCGGAAAACGUGAACACCGGCGCGGACGCGGGGACCGAUCCAUCCAUCCAGCAACUCCUCCUUGACGCGCAGCAUGUCAAUGAGGCACGUCGAUCCCUAUACGAAACGCUCGAGCAGGACCAUACCGACUGGGAAGUCACGCCUUCGUCGCCCAUCACAGCGACGGGGAAUGCGGACUACUCGCACAUCCAGGUGUCGGUCGGGACUUCGACCGAGUCGGACGAAGAGUUUUUCAGGCGGAGAGAUGAGACGUUGCGCCGGGCGGGGUAUGAGCUGCACCCUGCGGUAAUGGGUGUCUCUGGUGCCCGGGUCGUGCGGAUAGGGAGGACAGAUCUGGAGGAGACAGGGCGGGAAUUGCUGUUGCCUCAACCCCCGUAUCAGAGUGCAGCUGUAACUCCGGUCGCUGAGCCGAGAGCGAGCAGUUCAAGCUCCCCGCUCCAGAGCCCUAAAGCUGAGACUGCUGCUCCCACUGCGCCGACGCUCGGAAACGGUCCCGAUACCGAGAUGCGCGCACGCACGGGGCCGACCGUCGCCCGGCCGAGGCGAAGGGAGAGAGUAUAUAUCAGUCUUCUGGAUUUGUGA